UUUCGUUUUUUAGAUGUGGAAAAUGAAAACAUAUCUACUAUUGAUGAAUACAAAUAUGCUGGCUGUCAGGAUCCGAAGAUUAUGUUAACUACAUCCCAUGAGCCGUCUUCACGCCUGAAAAUGUUUAUGAAAGAACUUAGACUAAUAUUUCCUAAUGCCCAACAAAUGAACAGAGGAAAAUAUCAACUAAAAACAUUAAUGCAUGCAUGUCGAGCUAAUAAUGUUACAGACUUUAUAGUAGUGCAUGAGCAUCGGGGCAUUCCCGAUAGUCUUGUGAUAUGUCAUUUGCCAUUCGGACCAACAGCUUUCUUUAAUAUAACCGACGUUACAAUGCGCCAUGAUAUCCCUAACAUUGGACCUAUGAGUGAACAGAAACCGCAUUUAAUUUUCAGUAAUUUUAAAAGCAAUAUUGGUUUAAGAACUGUACAAAUUUUAAAACAUUUGUUCCCGGUACCAAAAGAAAAAUCUGAAAGGAUUAUUUCAUUUAUUAACAAUGAAGAUAAAAUUUCAUUUAGACACCAUCAAUAUAAAUAUGUAAAUAAAGAAAUUGAAUUAACGGAAGUUGGACCCAGAUUUCAAUUAAAGUUGUAUCAGAUUAAACUUGGAACACUAGAAAAUAUUAAAGCUGUUGAUACUGAAUGGGUUAGUCGUCCGUACUUAAAUACAAGUAUCAAAAAUUUAGUUUUUUCGAAUACAAAUAUAUUUACUAAUAAAAUCAAUGGUUAAUAUACACAAAAAUGA